AUGACACAGCAGAACCCGCACACACUCAACCACCACACCGGUCACAUUCAUACCUACACGAUACAACAUCUAUACCCUCACACAAUAACCCACCCACCUUCCCGGUCAUACCCACACCAGGACCACAUCGAGACCCUCACACAAGAACCACACACCGGCCCCGGCAGACCAACACAGACACAGCGAGACCCGCACACAAGCAAACCGCCACACCUGCCCCCGGCAGACCGACACAGACACAGCGAGACCCGCACACAAGCAACCCACACCGGCCCCGGCAGACGCCACAGGACACAGCCAGUACCCGCACACAAGCAACCACACACCGGCCCCGGCAGCCCGACACAGACCACAGCGAGACCCGCACACAAGCAACCACACACCGGCCCCGGCAGAAAGACAAGACACAGCGGAAAACCCCCACACAAGAACCGCACACCGGGCCCCCGGGAGACCGACACAGAACAGGAGACCGCACAAAGGGAACCACACACCCGGCCCCGGAGCCCCCAAAAGACACGCGGACCCGCACACAAGCAACCCCACACCGGCCCCGGGAGACCGAAAGAAAAACGAGACCCCCCACCAAAAACCCAAAAACCCCGGCCCCGGCGACCACAAGACAAAGCGAGACCCCCCAAGAACCGACCGGCCCCGGCGCCCACACAGACAAGGGGACCCGCACACAAAACAAACCCACACACCGGGCCCCCCCAGACCGAAAACAAGCGAGACCCGCACAAAAGAACCACACAGGCCCGCAGACCGACACAGAAAAGGAGACCCGGCACACAGCAACCACAACGGCCCCGGCAGACGAAAAGACAAGCGAGACCCGCCCAAAAAAACCACACACCGGCCCGGCGACCCACAACAGGGCAAGCGAGACCCGCACACAAGCAACCCCACACCGGCCCGGAGACCGCAAAAACAAGCGAGACCGCAACAAGCAACCAACACCGGGGGCAGACCCAACAGACAAGGGACCCGCACACAAACAACCAACAAACCCGGGCCCGGGAGACCGACACAGAACAGCGAGACCCGCCAACAAGAACGCACCCCGGCCCCCGGGGCCCCCAGACACAGCGAGCCCCACACAAGCAACCCCACACCGGCCCGGAGAGACCAAGACACAGCGGACCCGCAACAAGCAAACCCCCACCGGCCCCCCAGACCCCCAAGACACAGCGAGACCCGACACAAGCAACAAACACCGGCCCGGGAGACCCCACACGACAAAGGAGACCGCCAAAGAAACACAAACCCGGGCCCCGGGACCCACACAACACACACCCCCCAACAACAACCAAACCCCCCCCCGGGAACCCACACAAAAAGGAGACCCCACACAAGAACAACACCCCCCGGAGAAAACACAACAAAGCAGCCCCAAAAAAGCAACCCCGGCCCCCGGCAACACACAACACCCGAGACCCGACACAAGCAACCCCACCGGCCCCGGCAGACCACAAGGGCACAGGUACCCCCAACAAGCACCACAACCGGCCCGGCAGACCGAACAGACAAGCAACCCCACCAAACAACCACACACCCCCCCCACCACACAAACAGGGAAACCCCACAAACAACCCACCCCCCCCAACCGACAAACCGCAACCCCCCAAAACCACCCCCCCGGCCCGGGAACCCAACAACACACGAGACCCCCACACAAAACCCCACACCCCCGCGACCCACACAGACACAGCGAGACCCCCACACAAGCAACCCACACCGGCCCCCGGAAACCAACAAACACAGGAGACCCCCACACAAGCAAAAACCCCACACCGGGCCCGGAGACCAAAGACAAGCGAGACCCGCACACAAGCAAACCACACCGGCCCCCCAACCCAACAACCAGCGAACCCCCACACCAAACCAACCAACACCGCCCCGGCAGACCCACAACACAAAAGCGAGACCCGCACACAAGCAACCCACACCGGCCGGGCAGACCGACACAGACACAGCGAGACCCGCACACAAGCAACCACACACCGGCCGCGCAGACCGACACAGACAAAGCGAUACCCGCACACAAGCAACCACACACCGGCCCCGGCAGACCGACAAGACACAGCGAGACCCGCACACAAGCAACCACACACCGGCCCGGCAGACCGACACAGACAACGAUGA